UUCACUUGGGGGAUGGGGACUGGGGAGUUUCGAUUUGCUUCAACAACCUCAAAUUGUACAAAAACAAACGUGUCUGAGGACCGAAUCGCUUCAUUGCAUGCAACCCCUGCAUGACAACCUCCUUAACACGUACCUCCUCUUUCCUCAACACGUACCAUCCUUAUUGGCACCCAUUUUCUCUAUAUAUCACCUUCAUCUUCUCUCUCAAAACUACAUCACCCGCUACUGCAAUUCAAUUGCUCGUUUUACAUCAAUGGCUGAGCAGCAACAAUCACUGCAAGCAGGCCAGCUACCACCAAGGUCCCACCAGGUGGUCAAGGCAGCAACUGCGGCCACCGCUGGUGGAUCUCUCCUACUUCUCUCUGGUUUGAUCCUUGUUGGGACCGUCAUUGCACUCACCGUAGCUACUCCAUUGCUGGUCAUUUUAAGCCCGAUUCUUGUCCCUGCUGUCAUAGCAGUUGGUCUCAUAAUCACCGGGUUCCUGGCCUCGGGAGGUUUCGGCGUUGCAGCAAUCUCCAUCUUGUCAUGGAUCUAUAGGUAUGUUACUGGGAAGCAGCCACCAGGGGCAGAAAGUCUGGACCAGGCACGGAUGAAGCUAGCGGGCAAGGCACGAGAAAUGAAGGACAGGGCGGAACAGUUUGGACAGCUCGCAACUGGUCAACAGACAUAGAAGAGAUCUGGUCACCUCAUCUCUGCCUUUUUUUCAUGGAGAAAUAAUCAUACAAUCAAAGAUUAGGGUGGAGAUGCUUUGAUACAUACAUAUCUACGAGUCGUAAUUAAUUUCCAAAUUAAGGCCAUUGCUUGUUUGGCGUUCGUUUUGGAAUUUGGGUUACUCUUCUUGUUAAUGGAUCUUCUGUGAGUGCUCUUAAAAUAAUUUCUUGCCUUGAGCUUGUCUUUUAAGUCUGUACGUAAUGAAGUCUUUUAUUCAACUUGUUAGUUUUGUGAAGUAAGCAAUUGAUUUCGGUUAAUAGUUUUUGGCC